UUGCGGAUUUUGGCUGUUUUUCUCACGUGGCUCUUAAUUUUUUCUCGAAGUUGAGACAUUAUUUUUCUUUAGAAUCUGAACGCUCCUUAAUAUGAUGCCACCGAUGACCUCUUACGAGCUUUCUUUGGGUAGUUAAAAUCGGGGGGAAAAGAAACACAAGCUAUGUACAUUUUUGUGAAGAUGAUAGAAACAAUGAAGUUGUUUUAAAUAUUCAGAGCUGAUGAAAUUCGUUUGUGCUUUUUCAGAUGAAAUCUGAGGUUUUGGUCAUCGCCUUUCAUGGGUCUCAUUAUUGCUCAUAAUUUAGAGCGUUUGUACCAGUCAAUAGCUUCUUCAUUUAACAAGUAUCAUGGGUGCGUCCAAUAGCUCGUCGAAAAAUCAAAAACACCUUCUAGUGCUGGGCUUAGAUAAUAGCGGUAAAACAACGAUAAUCAAUUCGCUGCUCCCAGCUAACCAGAGGGACUCAGAUGUUGUUCCAACUGUAGGAUUUGCAAUUCAGCGAGUGAGAAUACCAGGUUCGGGAUUGACAGCAUCUUGUAUUGAUAUGUCAGGUAGUAGCAAAUACAGAGAUUUAUGGUCAAAAUAUUUCAGCGAAGCAGACGGUAUUGUUUUCGUUGUUGAUGGAUCAGACGAACUUCGCUUGGCUGUAGCGAAGGACGAGUUCGAAAUGGUAAUAGAUAACGCCGCAAUAAAAAGUAGAAGAGUUCCAAUUCUCGUUCUCAGUAAUAAAAAAGAUGUGAGAGGGCACAAAACUGCAGCAGAAGUAUCUCAAAUAUUAGAGUUAACAUCUUUAAAAACAAACAAUUGGAAUAUAUGCGAUUCAAACGCUAUCAGCGGCGAUGGUCUAACGGAUGGUUUCAGCUGGUUGUCGAAUCAAGUAUCCGGAAAAAAAUAAGUUGCAUGCAGUUCAUCAUUUUAUCAAUUUAUUUAUCGUUGACUGUGUUAUGUGUAUCCACUGUAUCAUG